CGCGAGUACAGAACGGUAGUACGUACGUGCAUCAUUUGUGUUGUUGUUGGUCGCGGUAAGAUGGCGGCGCUCGGGGAUGGAUCAGCUCCGGCGGUGAAUGGGUUAAUACAACAGUUCACAGCGAUUACAGGUGCCACAGAGAGUGUGGGGAAGCAUAUGCUAGAAGCAUGCAACAACAAUCUAGAAAUGGCAGUGACCAUGUUCCUGGAUGGAGGGGGGAUCGCAGAGGAGCCCAGCACCAGCUCCAGUUCAGCAGGGGCCUCCAGCAGCAGAGCUCCCCCCGCAGAUGACCAAGUGCGGGCACCCAUCCCUCAGAAGCAGGACAUACUGGUAGAGCCAGAGCCUAUGUUUGGAGCACCAAAGCGACGAAGACCUGCCCGGUCCAUAUUUGACGGUUUUAGGGACUUCCAAACAGAAACAAUCCGCCAGGAGCAGGAGCUGAGGAACGGCAGCGCGGUGGACAAGAAGCUCAGCACCCUGGCGGACCUGUUCCGGCCCCCCGUUGAGCUCAUGCACAAAGGCAGCUUUGAGACGGCAAAGGACUGUGGUCAGCUGGAGAACAAGUGGCUGAUGAUCAACAUCCAGAAUGUGCAGGACUUUGCCUGCCAGUGUCUCAACAGAGACGUGUGGAGCAACGACGCGGUCCGGACCAUCAUCAGGGAGCACUUCAUAUUCUGGCAGGUGUACCAUGACAGUGAAGAGGGCCAGAGGUAUAUCCAGUUCUACAAGCUCAAUAAGUUUCCCUAUAUCUCCAUUUUGGAUCCCCGCACAGGUCAGAAGAUGGUGGAGUGGAACCAGUUGGACGUUGCUUCGUUUCUGGAACAGGUGACGGGCUUCUUGACGGAACACGGCCAGCUAGACGGCCCAGCGUCCAGCCACCCGCCCCCGGCCAAACGGGCCCGCUCCGAAAGUCUGAUAGAUGCCAGUGAGGACAGCCAGUUGGAGGCAGCGAUCAAAGCCUCUCUCCAGGAGACCCACUAUGAGUCGUCCUCCGCCCCCGACCUCCCCGACUCCCCCCACUCUGUAGAGGUAGACUCGGAUGGAGACUCAGACGAGGAGCCCUUCUCCGACAGCGAGGGCCUCAUCUCUGUCGACGGCUCGGACAACGAGACAACAGAACCACAGGAGGGCAGCUCCUGCUCCACAGGCGGAGAUACCCCUCCUGGACCAGCCCCUCCCACAUCUGCAGCUGUAGCCCCCCAGCCCCCGCCACAGCCGGACAGCCCACCUGCCUGUCACAGGAAGUCCCCCCACAACGAGAACAACCACAGGAAAGAGGAGAGCAAAAAGAACCACCUGGAGCCUCUGGCGGCUGCGCCGGCCCGCUCCCAGGCCGACCCAGACUCAGAGCAUCGUUCUGGGGAGAACCAUCGCACCGCAACAGGCCAAAGCUCCAAAUCUGUUAAGACGGAAACCUCCGACCUCGACUGCCUUGAUGACAAUGGUCCCAAGGCCAGACUGAUGCUGCGCUAUCCAGACGGACAGAGAGAGCAGAUCGCCCUGUCGUCCAAGGCCAAGCUUAUGGCUCUGGUUAGACACGUCCAGUCGAAGGGCUACCCCAACGAACGCUUCGAGCUCGUCACCAACUUCCCCCGACGGAAGCUGGCCCACUUGGACUAUGACGUCACACUGCAGGAGGCAGGGCUUUGUCCACAGGAGACUGUAUUUGUGCAGGAAAGGAACUAAGCCAUGCAUUUUCUAUCUUCAGACCACGCCCAUUUCACCAGUGACCCGGGAGGACGUUACAGGCCGCUACUCCUGGGCUUUUUUUAUUUUGGAAUUAGACCAUGCCCCUAUUUGGGGACACCGAACUGUGGAUGAACUUCAUUACCCAUCAUUCCACUGGGAGGAAGUGACUGGCCUGUGUACUCUUUUUAGUAGGCAUUGUUGUUCAUCGUCAAUUACCGAAUGGAUUCUAUUCUGAUUUUAGUUUUAUUCUGAGGUAAUAAACCAAUCGGAGUAGAACACCUUAAUGAUACUGUUACAAAUAAGCUGAGGCCCCUUAAUAAUGAUCAGAGCUGGCAUCAGAGCUGGCUCAGGAAAACUUUACAGACUAUUAUCCAUAAAGGAUGUCAAAUGUCAGAUAUUUUUUUGAAGUUAUUUUUUGAUUCAUGAACACCUACAGCCAGUUAACAGCCAGUUAAAGGAGCGACUUGAACUCUGAUUGGUCCAAAAUGUGCUCUUCUACGUGUUGAUUGGGUGAGGAGGGGACUUUGAAUACAGGAAUUGAUGGAGGGGGGGGGGGGUUCCUCAACUGUCAACCUGCACUACAGGAGUGGUGUAGCGAUUGACAUUUAGUCUUAGUCGGUGUAUAUAUAUAUAUAUAUAUAUCUUUUUUUUCUACCCCAUUUCCAAGAAAAGAUGCUGAAAUAUAAUCAUAAAAACAAAGGGAAACUUGUUUGCUCUAUUCCAUUUCUACCAUGUAUUUGUCUAUCUGCAAUCUGUCUAAAUUGUGACCACAACCUCAAAAGUAUAGUGUUGGUGAUGAUGAUCAUUUCUUGAUACCUCCGCCCCAAUGUACCGAACGAUCUGGGUCAGUGUAAGCAAUGGGUGGUGCUGUUUGGUGUUAUCACUCUUACUAGCCCAACUAUAACUAAUAUCUAUCUUGUCUAGUCAGAUAUGAGGGAGAGGUAACAAGUGGAUUCUGAUUGGGGCCAUGUCCAAUAUUACUAAUCUGCUUUAAACCUUUACCCACAGACUGGAUAUGUCUGUCACAGGGUUUCAUCAACUUAGCUGUGAGCUAAGAAUCAUAACCGUGGGAGAGCUGUCAAGCUGUGGACUUCUGGUCUGAGUGAGAAGUUUAACAUGGGGUCUUGUUGCAUACAACUGUCUUGAAUACAUUUUGGAGUAUUUGUAUGGCGAUUUCUAGAUUCCUAGAACUCAGUACAUUGAAUUUUAUCCAAAUCUAAUUCAAAUGUCAGGUCAGGUUAAAGGGAUACUGCAAGAUUUUGGCAAUUAAGAUGCUUUUUUUUUUACUUAUCCGGAGUCAGAUGAACUCGUAGAUACCAUUUAUACUGUACUUGUAGACUUCCAGUCAUUGUGCUAAUGCUAGUUAGCAUUGCUUCACGAAACUACCUAUUAACUAACUUCAUACUGCACGCAGACAUAAAAAUGUUAUCCACAAGCUCAUCUGACUGGGUAAGUUGAAAAAUGACUUCAUUACCAGAAUCUCACAGUAUCCCUUUAAUCAUUCUGGGAAGUCAAAGUCCCCAUUUCAGUUAUGUACAGUCGUGGCAAAAAGUUUUGAAUGACACAAAUAUUAAUUUUCACAAA